AGACUGAGCAGAGAUAUUUUAAUUUUUUGUAUAAAAAAAAUUAGAGACGAGAGCAAAAGAAGAUAUGGGUUUCUGUUUCUCACAGCCAAACGAACAACAAGGAAUGAUUCUCUCUUUGCCUCUUUCAUCUCACUCCAUCUUCUAAAAAUCAAACACCCACUCCUCUUCUUACAACCUCAACAUCAACACAUACUUACAACCUCAUUCACAUACAUACAACAACAUUAACAGCUGUCUGGGCCACCUCAAUGGGAACUCUUACAAGCUGCAGUCUGGGCACAUUAAAUUUGAACUUCUACACAAGACCAAAGGGCAUAAUUUCUAGUAAUUCUAUUACAAUCUUGGGAAGCAAAGCAAAAGCUUCCUCGUUGAAUCAUUGUUUUAUGUGCCGACAAAAUAGAUUGUUUCCCCAAAAGGGUUUUGUUGGUGAUACAUUUAAGACGUUUAAUUCUAGUAAUGAUGGUAAUAAUAGUGUUAGUGAUGAUGGUGAAGAUGGGAAGUUGAAUAAAGAUUCGAACUUGGCGACUGUGGAGUCGAGUAAAGUGGAGCAGGAGGAGAGGGACAAUGGGAUUAAAGAAGAUAAAGCAUCCGUGUCAUUUUCUUCAGGGCCACCAAAUUUUGUGGGGCCAUCCUACAAUAGUUUUCAAGUUGACUCUUUCAAAUUGAUGGAAUUGCUGGGACCAGAAAAGGUUGAUCCUGCUGAUGUGAAGCUUAUUAAGGAAAAGCUUUUUGGAUAUUCCACCUUCUGGGUGACCAAAGAAGAGCCAUUUGGAGACCUUGGCGAGGGUGUUCUUUUUCUUGGCAAUCUUAGAGGCAACAGGGAAGAAGUAUUUGCAAAACUCCAGAGUCAGCUUGCAGAAAUUAUGGGCGACAAGUAUAACUUAUUUAUGGUGGAGGAACCUAAUUCAGAAGGUCCAGAUCCACGCGGUGGGCCACGAAUUAGCUUUGGUAUGUUGCGAAAAGAUGUUUCCGAACCAGGGCCAACAACACUAUGGCAGUAUGUCAUUGCGCUCCUAUUGUUCCUACUCACGAUAGGUUCCUCUGUGGAGCUUGGAAUUGCAUCUCAAAUUAAUCGGCUUCCACCGGAGAUAGUUAAGUACUUCACAGAUCCCGAUGCCAUUGAACCACCAGAUAUGCAGCUUUUAUUCCCUUUUGUAGAGUCUGCUCUACCCCUGGCAUAUGGAGUGUUGGGGAUUCAGAUAUUUCACGAAGUAGGACAUUUUCUUGCAGCAUUCCCAAAAAAUGUGAAAUUGAGUAUCCCUUUCUUUAUCCCUAAUAUUACUCUCGGAAGCUUUGGAGCAAUAACUCAGUUCAAAUCUAUUCUUCCUGAUCGAAAGACACAAGUCGACAUUUCAUUAGCAGGGCCAUUUGCGGGUGCGGUUCUCUCAUUUUCAAUGUUUGCUGUUGGACUGCUGCUUUCAUCAAAUCCAGAUGCAGCACGAGAUAUGGUUCAAGUUCCCAGCAUGCUUUUCCAAGGGUCUUUGCUACUUGGUCUCAUUAGCAGAGCUAGUCUUGGUUAUGCAACAAUGCAUGCGGCUACAGUUCCAAUCCAUCCUCUCGUUAUUGCAGGCUGGUGUGGUUUAACUACAUCAGCUCUUAAUAUGCUUCCUAUUGGGUGCCUUGACGGUGGAAGGGCUGUGCAGGGAGCUUUUGGCAAAAAUUCUCUGGUUGGAUUUGGUUUAGCCACUUAUUGUUUGCUUGGAUUGGGAGUGCUUGGUGGGCCAUUAUCACUUCCUUGGGGUUUGUACGUGCUUAUCUGUCAGAGGACACCAGAGAAACCAUGUCUGAAUGAUGUUUCAGAGGUCGGGACUUGGAGGCAAACGGUGCUUGCAAUCUUCAUUUUCCUUGUUGCAUUGACACUUCUUCCUGUAUGGGAUGAGCUUGCGGAGGAGCUGGGUAUAGGUUUGGUAACAACAUUUUGAUAGUCGAUACUAUAUAGUAAAGCCAGUUAUAGGUUUUAGUUGAAGAUAAAAUUAGUUAAAUUGGGAUGGUUCAAGUUUGUAACAUUCCCACUCUGUAUAUGAUGAUACAGCUAUGCCUUCUUAACACUAUUCAGCUGGCUGAUUUUUUCACUUGAAUACACACAAGAAAUUGGGAGUUCGACAA